AGUUGCUCUUGACCACAUUUCCCAGACAGAGCAGUGAGGUUUGUGUCUAACUAUGGCGGAGUCCAUGUUUCUGCUGUGGGGCUCCGGAUCCACUCCUAGCUGGCGCAUCAUGAUCACCCUGGAGGAGAAGAAACUACAGGGAUACAAACAAAAACUGCUGUCUUUUGAGAAAGAGGAGCAUAAAUCUAAAGAGGUUUUGGAAAUCAACCCCAGAGGACAGCUUCCUGCCUUCAAACAUGGAGACAACAUAAUCAAUGAGUCUUUUGGAGCUUGUUUAUACCUGGAGAAUCAGUUCAAGUCUCAGGGCAACAAGCUGAUCCCUGACAACCCUGCAGAGCAAGCUCUGAUGUACCAACGUAUGAUGGAGGGUCUCAGUCUAUAUGAGAAACUGAAACUGGUUGCCUUCUACGACUUCUUCGUCCCUGAAGGAGAGCGCCAUGACUCUGCUCUGAAGAGAAACAAGGACAAUCUGGUCACUGAGCUUCAACUCUGGGAGCGCUACCUGGAGAACGUGGCUGCAGACCGCUACCUAGCAGGAGGAUUCUCCUUAGCCGAUGUUGUCGUCUUUCCAAGCCUUGCUUGCUCCUUCGCUUAUGGGCUGUCUGCAGAACGAUACCCUAAAGUGGCCAAAUACUACAACCUUCUGAAGGACAGACCCAGCAUCAAAGCUACUUGGCCCCCAAAGUGGUUCCUAAUUGAACAAAAAUCUGAAAGCCUGAAGGACAUCUGAAGACAGCUGAAAAUUGCAAUUACACAUUUAAUAAAAAUAUAAUUAGUAUAAUUUGCUAACAUGGCUAGAUCACCCCUGUUUUCUCAAUUUGUGUGUAAUGUAGUAGGUUAGAUGUGUCUGUGUGCCCUGUAAAGUUGAAAUCAGAUGAUCAGAAAAUGUGACUAAUCACAGUUCAUUUAUUAAUAACUGAAUUGACAUCAUGUUUCGUAUGACUUGGCUACCCCUCAAUAAAUAAAUGUUUUUUUCCAACAGUU